AUGGCCAAAUUCAUCGUUCUCCUUGUCGCCACCAUUGCUCUGACGCAGGCGCGUGUGGUGCGUCGCGAUGCCCCAGCCUCAGCCCCGGCCACGCCUCUGCAAGACCUGCAAAAACAUGCCGAAGAGUUCCAGAAAGUAUUCGCCGACCAGUUAAACAGCAUUGCCACCUCCAAAAACACACAGGAAGUUCAAAAGGCGUUCAAAGAAGGUUCAGACACGUUGCUCCAACAGCUGUCAGCCUUCACCGCCAGUCUGCAAAGCGCUAUGACCGACGCUAAUGGCAAGAUUAAAGAGGCUUUGGAGGUGGCGAAGACCAACUUGCAGCGGUCGGCCGAAGAGCUGCGUCGCGCUCACCCCGACGUAGAGAAGCAAGCGGUGACCUUACGUGAGAAGGUCCAGGCAGCUGUCCAGAGCACAAUCCAGGAGACACAAAAACUGGCGAAGGAAGUAGCGUCAAACGUUGAACAAACAAACGCGAAGCUCGCGCCAAAGAUCAAGGCAGCUUACGACGACUUCGUGAAACAGGCUGAGCAGGUGCAGAAGAACGUACACGAGGCCGCCAAUAAGCAGUAG